UUUUUAGUCACUUUUUUUUUUUUUUUUUUUUUUUUUUUAAAUAAAAAAACGAAAGAAGAAUAGAGAAAUGGACCAAGGGGUUCUCGAUGAUAUAAUCAGGCGGCUUCUAGAGGUUCGGGGCAAACCCGGGAAGCAGGUCCAGCUAUCAGAGUCCGAGAUCCGUCAGCUCUGCGUCGUGUCGAGAGAGAUUUUCUUGCAACAGCCUAAAUUGUUAGAGCUUGAAGCGCCCAUCAAGAUUUGUGGUGACAUCCAUGGUCAAUAUUCUGAUCUUCUAAGGCUGUUUGAAUAUGGUGGAUUACCUCCACAUGCAAACUACUUAUUUUUGGGGGAUUACGUUGAUAGAGGCAAGCAAAGUCUGGAGACAAUAUGCCUUCUCCUUGCAUACAAGAUAAAAUAUCCCGAAAACUUCUUCCUUUUGAGGGGAAAUCAUGAAUGUGCUUCUAUAAACCGCAUAUAUGGUUUCUAUGAUGAGUGUAAGAGAAGAUUUAAUGUUAGGCUAUGGAAGAUAUUCACAGAUUGUUUUAAUUGCCUGCCGGUGGCAGCUCUAAUUGAUGAGAAGAUUCUCUGCAUGCAUGGGGGUCUUUCUCCUGACCUGAAUAAUUUGGAUCAGAUUAGAAACUUACAACGACCAACUGAUGUGCCAGACACAGGUUUGCUUUGUGAUCUUCUAUGGUCAGAUCCUAGUAAAGACGUUCAAGGUUGGGGAAUGAAUGACAGGGGAGUUUCAUAUACUUUUGGUCCAGACAAAGUGACAGAGUUUCUUGAGAAGCAUGAUUUGGAUCUCAUUUGCCGUGCUCACCAGGUGGUGGAGGAUGGAUAUGAGUUCUUUGCUAACCGGCAACUUGUAACUAUAUUUUCAGCACCCAAUUAUUGUGGGGAAUUCGAUAAUGCUGGUGCUAUGAUGAGUGUGGAUGAGACACUAAUGUGCUCUUUUCAAAUAUUAAAGCCUGCUGAUAAAAAGUCAAAAUUUAACUUUGGGAGCACAACUACGGCAAAACCUGGAAACACCUCAGGGUUUCUUGGUAGUACAACUACAGCAAAGCCUGGAAACUCUCCAGCAGGAGUUAAGGAAACAAAGGGGAUGGCAUUUAGUAGUAAAGUUUAAUAACUUAUGUUCUUCUACAAUGGAGAAGAUAGCUGUCAAAGGAUUCAAUGAUGCAUAACUAGAAGAACAAGGACCUUCUACUAGUAACUUUUCCUUUUAAUCACACACAAAGGACAUCACUCCUUUUUGCAAAAAUAAGCUUAACAGAUGGAAGUUUUAAUUUUUCAAAAUCCUACUUUUGUCAAUACCAUUCAACUCUGAAUCGGGUCGUGAUUGAUAUGUUGGAUAUGCUGAAAUAUUGUGGACAAAUAAAAUAACAUUAUUGCUGCCUAACUUCUUUGUAUGUCAUGUUGUCCACAUUCAACAUGUUUGAUU